GGGCCUUAAAGCAAUUAGUUCUUCCUCAGAUUUCAUCAAUAUGACCUUUAUACCCCUGUUCGUCCAGCUAUAAAUUGGACUAGGGUUUUGCUCGGAGCCUUUCACUUCAGCCGACUACGAACGACUCAGGGCAGCCAUCGGAUAUCUCACAAACAGACUAGAAUAAUCAAGCAUUCUGCUAUGGCGCCCACUUUUUAUGUUGGUUCAGAAGCCGGUCUCAAGAAGCUCGAUGAGUACCUUCUAACUCGUAGUUACAUCUCCGGGUACCAAGCUUCAAAGGAUGACCUCACUGUUCAUGCUGCUUUCACUAAGGCUCCAUCAGCCCAAUAUGUGAAUGUAUCCCGUUGGUUUAACCAUAUCGAGGCACUUCUGAGAAUCUCUGGUGUCUCCGCUGAAGGAAGUGGUGUUAUCGUAGAGGGAUCUGCUUCUUUCACAGAAGAGGCUGAUGCAGCUCCUGUUGCUGACGCAAAGGCUGCUGCUGAUGAAGAUGAUGACAGUGAUGUGGAUCUUUUUGGUGAAGAGACCGAAGAGGAGAAGAAGGCUGCUGAAGAUCGUGCAGCUGCAAUGAAGGCAUCUGGAAAGAAGAAAGAAUCUGGCAAGUCUUCGGUGUUGAUGGAUGUAAAGCCUUGGGACGAUGAGACCGACAUGAAGAAGCUUGAGGAGGCCGUUAGAAGUGUAGAGUUGGAGGGAUUGUUGUGGGGUGCAUCAAAGUUGGUCCCAGUUGGAUAUGGUAUCAAGAAGCUCCAGAUCAUGUUGACCAUUGUUGAUGAUUUGGUGUCUGUUGACACUCUCAUUGAGGAAAGGCUUACCGAGGAACCGAUUAACGAGUAUGUCCAGAGCUGUGAUAUUGUGGCCUUCAACAAGAUUUAGUGCAUCAAUGGUGGACUGGAUGCUACUGUGAAGCAUGGCGGCUUAUUUUUGUUUUAUUGUGUUUCAUCCUCUCAAGGAAAAUUAUCUAUCAGACUUUAUUGUUUCAGUUUUGAGUUUUGAAUAUUACUCUUUUAUUGUUUAUUUAGUAUAUUGUUGAGAUACAUUUUGGUUUUGCUCGGUCCGAGGAAAAAAUCCAACAUUUUAGUUUUUA